AUGGCAUUGAGCAGACGUAAGGGCGCGGGCUUCACCUUCACCGAUAACCAGCUGUUCCAGAUCGCCUCAAACAUUAAAGGCAGGCAAAUCACGCAACGUAUUACCGCGAUUCACAUUGUUUGCAAAAGUCAGGAGAAGGACAACGUCGGCGUGAUUUUCUAUCAUAUCUACCUUCCUGAAGGUGUAGAUAAUGAUAAGGAGGAAGACGACAAACGUGCCUGGAUGCUCGUCAUGACAGUCCAGGACCUUGAACCAACAGAGACGCAUUUUGAAUUCUCCGAUAUCCUAUUGGAUGAGAAGGAUCUCGCCAUCAAGAGAGGUCUCGACUGGAUGGUUGAACACGGCAUUCCGGAGGCGGAGGCGAGGGAUCGAUGGAUGACUGUUUCCUCGUGGAGCAGGCGCAAAGGCGCAGGCUUCACCUUUACCGACAACCAACUGUUCCAGAUCGCCUCAAACAUUAAAGGCAGGCUGAUCACACAACGCAUUACCGCGAUUGAUAUCGUCUGCAAAUGUCAGGAGAACGAUCAUAUAGGCGUCAUUUUCUAUCACAUCUUCCUUCCUGAAGGUGUGGAUGAUGACAAGGAAGAGGAUGACAAACGGCGCUGGAUGCUUGUCAUGACAGUCCAGGACCUGGAACCGACCGAGACGCAUUUUGAAUUCUCCGACAUCCCAUUUAAUGAAAAGGAUCCUGUCAUCAGGAAGGGUCUCAAGUUCAUGACUGAUCACGGUAUUCCGGAAGCAGAAGCGAGAGAUCGAUGGAUGACUGUUUCCUCGUGGAGCGUCAGGGAUGAAUGA